ACAUCUAUUAAGUCUACACAGACAAUUAUGAGCAAAACCUCAGGGGAUUGAAGUUCCGGUGAAUCGGAAUUGAUCAAUGGAUGAGGUCAACGGUGUGAUGCCUCCGUACGCCGCCGGUGCCGGCGUUGGAUUCGGAUUUGGAGGCAAUGUUCCGAGAGUAUCGAAGGACGACUGGAGGUUUCACGCGACUGAGUUUGCGAAGGGAGUGGCGGAAUUGAGUGUUGAGUUUGGGAAAGGAUGUAGGGAUGUGGUGAAACAAAGUGUAUUGAGAGAUGAUUCGUUCGUUGUGAGGAAUUUGGGAGGUCCGUGUAAGUCUGCGUGUAUGAAAUUGAGGUUUUUGAAUGAGUAUUUACCUGAAGAUCGCGAUCCAAUGCACUCGUGGAGCGUCAUUUCCGUCGUUUUCGCCGUCGUUAUUGCAGUUCUGAUUGUAACCUCUGAAAGUGAUACAACCGCACCAUUGAUACAAAAAUUGCACAUAGAUCCUCCAAAUGCUACUCGCAUACUGUUACCGGAUGGCAGACACUUGGCUUAUCAGGAGCAAGGUGUUCCAUAUGAGAGAGCUCGCAUUACCCUGGUUGCAUCACAUUCUUUCCUUUCAUCACGACUCGCAGGAAUACCUGGGAUUAAGGCUUCACUACUACAAGAAUUUGGUGUUCGCUUGGUAACAUACGAUCUUCCUGGGUUUGGGGAAAGCGAUCCUCAUCCUGGCAGGAACCUUGAGUCAUCAGCAAUGGACAUGUUGUAUUUGUCGUAUGCUGUGCAUAUAACGGAAAAGUUCUGGGUGGUGGGAUACUCGGGUGGAAGCAUACAUACCUGGGCUGCACUCAAGUACAUUCCUGACCGAGUUGCAGGUGCAUUCAUAGUAUCACCUUUGAUCAAUCCAUACGAACCAAGCAUGAAUAAGGUUGAGAAAUAUAGGACCUGGGAAAAGUGGACAUCAAAAAGGAAAUUUAUGUACUUUUUAACGCGAAAGUUUCCAGCAUUUCUUCCAUACUUCUACCGCCGCAGCUUCUUGUCAGGAAACCUUGAUCAAAUAGAUAAGUGGCUAUGGAUGUCACUUGGAAAAAGGGACAAAGCUAUGAUAGAAGAAGUGAAAUACCAAGAUUUCUGGAAGAGGGAUUUGGGGGAGUCGGUUCGACAGGGGAAUGUAAAACCAUUUGUAGAGGAAGCAAUUUUGCAGGUAUCAAGUUGGGGUUUUACGAUCAGUGAUCUCAGUGUCCAGAAGAAACGCCAAGGGAAAGGCGUCAUCUUCUGGCUCAAGUCUAUAUAUAAACGACCACAACAAGAGUUGACGGGCUUUCUUGGUCCAAUACAUAUAUGGCAGGGGAUGGAAGAUCGGGUGGUGCCACCAUCAAUGAGCGACUACGUGCAACGGGUUCUACCAGGAGCAAUGGUGCAUAAGCUUCUUUACGAGGGCCACUUCACCUACUUUUACUUUUGCGAUGAAUGCCAUAGACAAAUGCUCACCACAGUAUUUGGCAACCCACAAGGUCCGUUGCCCAUUAAGCUCGAUUCAGCUCCCAUCGAGAACAACAACAGCAAUGAAGAAACCGGAGAAACAAAAGAAGAAGAAGAAGAAGAAGAAGAAGAAGAAGAAGAGGUACAAGUUACUUAUUCAGACACUACUUUUCUUUAGUUUAGAUUUACAUGCACAUUUUAUAGAUGCAUACACAACAGGUUUGCUAGAAAGUACUAUGACUGCACAGAACCCAUUGCUAAAUAAGUAAUAACACUUUGUAGGCU